GAAGAUCCGGACCGUGUCUUUCCUCCCUUAAGACCCCCGCCGCUCGCUCUCCCAUUCGGACCAUACUCCGUCUGAACGCAGCACAGGAGAAGAGAGGACUCGGCAAUGGCGACGGCGUUCGAGCACCCAUACGUGCCAAAAGAACUACACCUCCCGGGCUACGUCCCAUGCUUCCUCUCCCAGAAGGACAUCCUCGUUCCAUACCUCGCCACCUCCGUCGUUGGCGUCGCCCUCAUCUGGCUCUUCUCCGGGCGUUUGUCAAAGAUAUCAAAGACUGAUAGGCUGCUUAUGUGCUGGUGGGCAUUUACUGGUCUGACUCACAUUAUCCUUGAGGGCUAUUUUGCUUUCUCUCCAGAGUUUUACAAGAAAAAGACUCCACACUUUUUGGCUGAAGUCUGGAAGGAAUACAGCAAAGGUGACUCCAGAUAUGCAGCAAGAGAUGCUGGAGUGGUUACUGUUGAAGGAAUCACUGCUGUCAUAGAGGGUCCAGCUAGCAUUCUUGCUGUGUAUGCUAUAGCUUCAAGAAAACCAUACAGUCAUAUUCUUCAAUUUGCAAUAUGUCUUGGCCAGCUUUAUGGAUGUCUGGUAUAUUUCAUAACUGCAUUAUUGGAAGGUGACGACUUCUCAGCAAGCCGGUAUUACUAUUGGGCAUACUACAUCGGGGCAAACGGCUCUUGGGUCGUCAUACCAGCACUCAUUGCAAUCAGGAGUUGGAAGAAGAUUAGUGCAGCAUUUCAAAUUGAAAAGAAGACAAAGACUCGAUGAGGAAGGAUCCACUGCAAGGAUCUUGGGGAGUAUAAAAUUCCAAAUUUCCAGUGAAUCACCUCCAUAUUUGUGGUUUUAAUGCUCUUUGUGGUACCAGAUUCCAUCGAUGAAACUGUUGCAUUACUGUGGUGGGAAUUUAUUUAUUUGGUGGAUUUGUGAUGCCACAGAAGCUUUGUUGCUCAAAUUUAGCUCAGAAUUGCAUAAGAUUCGAAGCAUGCGACAUUCUUAAUAUGAUGGCAUGAGGAAACUAGCCAUCUGAUGGUGUCUAUUUUGGGAAAUGCAAGUUACUGUGAUAUUAUCCCUGACCAUAUUUCUUGUAUCAGGAAAAUAAAAAGAAAAAAAUCACAUGAAUAUGGUGGAAGUACU